CCAUUACAUUUUUAUGAUAAUUGGAAGUUAGUAAUAAGUUUGCUAUUUUGAUUGGAUUGUCAAAUCUCAUAUUUAUAAAUAAAGUAGCACGUGGCAUAUUUGGAUAUUUUUUACAAAAUAAAUGUGAUUUUAAAUCAUAUUUCCAAUUUGAUCAUAUUUUCCAUUCAAUCUCAAAUAAGUUAUAUUUAUUUACUAAACUCAUGUUGUUUUGAAAGAUUUUACAAUAAAUUUUGAAAUUUUGUUUUGAAAAUACAACUUCAAAGCUGAAGUUGUAUUAUGAAUAUACUACUCAAAAACACUUUGCAUUUAAAAGGGCACGUGUAGGAUUUUGUAGUUAGGGUGUAUUCAUGGAUCACAUUUUAGGGCACAACUUCACAUUCAACAUGUGACACGAAAUUUUGGAAGCAUGUUGAUCAAGAAUGGAAGUCUCAAUAUUAAAGUUCAACUUUAGGCAUAUCAGAUGUUAAAAUCAACACUCAUUCCCUUAGAUUGUAUUUGAAUCAUGAAUUUGGAAAGGAAAAGGAAACAUGUCAACAACCUUUUCUCUUUUUAUUUUUUAUUUUUUUUAUUUUUUCAAAUCCAUAAUCCAAACACUACCUUAAAAAAUGUAUCAAUUGUUUUUUGGCUUGCCAAUGAAUACAUGCAAGCUUUUGAUAACUUGAAAAUUUAUUUAUACAUACUCUUGAGACUGCGAUGCCGAACUUUCCUGAUGAGAUCAUCGUCGAGGUACUCUUCAGGCUCCCUGUCAAAUCUCUCUGCCAAUUCAGGUGUGUUUCGAAACCAUGGCUCUCGCUUAUCUCCGACCAUCAUUUCAUCAAAACCCACCUCAAUCGCAACACCAACGAACCCGAACAACUCAUUCUCAUUUUGAAUUUUUUUGAUUUCUAUUAUGUGGAUCUGAAAUCAUUUAAAUUCCGUGACGAUUUUGUGGCAGUCCACCUGAGCAAAACCCUAAUCGUUGCGUUGAUAUUUGGGGUUCAUGUAAUGGCUUGUUGUUGAUGCUCGAUAUUUGUUUCUCUUGCAUUUUGGUGAAUCCAUCUACUAGACAAUCUUGGAAAUUGCCCAAAUCAUCUUUUUCUAAGUCUAAAUUUCAUUUGAAUAGUUAUGGGCUUGGUCAUGACUCAUCUAAUGAUGACUACAAAGUUGUGAGAAUUUCUAAUCAUGACUAAGAUGCUAAUUGUGCUGAUAACAUGGUCAGUGUGUAUACCCUAAGGACGAAUUUGUGGGGAAGGAUUGAGGAUUCUCCUUAUGACCAUACAGUUCAUGGACCUCCACGAGGGAUUCUUGUUAGAGGGGCUCUCCACUGGUUAGCUCGUAAAGGUGUGGGUUCGAAUAAAUCCACUGUAAUUGUUUCAUUUGAUUUAGCAGAUGAAAAUUUUCGAGAUAUGCCAUCUCCAGAUUCUGUUGACAACUUUAUCCUAGUUGAAGAGCUUGGUGUUCUUGGAGGGUGCCUUUGUGUGCUUGUUCCUGGCUAUGGUGUUUAUAAUGAUGUUUGGGUGAUGAAGGAGUAUGACAUGAGGGAUUCUUGGAUCAAAUUUACAAUCAAUUGUAAUAAUUUUUGUAAACCAUUGUGUUUAUCAACGACUGGUGAAGUUUUGUUGGAGGUUAGUCAAAGAAAGUUGGUCCUCUUCAAUCCACAAGAGAGAAAAUCUAAGGAACUUGUGGUUCAAGGCAGUCCAUAUCUUUUUGAAGCAGGAACUUACAUGGAGAGCCUUGUUUCACCCAAUUUCAGCAAUAUUAACGAUCAUGAGGGAUCAAGGUUGGUACUGGAUAGGUAACAUGGAUUGGGUUAAUUUAGUUUUUCCCCAUUCCAUUUUAGUUCUGUCUGUCUAUGUUAUUGCAUCACUUUCUCUUUUUCCUUAAUCUUAUUAGAAUGGUGUGAGUUUAAUUUGUCAUGUUGUUUGGAGAAAACAAAUGUCCUUGAUGUUAGUAUGGAGUUUCUCUUCGAUGAUCACAGACAGAGGUUUAAGGCCUUUCCAGUAUUUCUUGGCAGUGGUGAUGUUUAGUUUGAUUAUAUGGAUGAUUGAACUAAACCAUUUUUUGUCAUUCCAUUGCACUUCUAUCUGUCUAUUUUGCUGCAUAGUUGUUUCUUUUUCCUUGAUGGUAUAUAGAACAGUGUCAGUGUGAGUUCAAUUUACUGUGUUUUAUGGAGUUUGCUUGUAUGUUUUGAAUAAAGAAUUUUGGCUUAAAUGGGUUCAAGUGAUUGGGUCAGAUUCACUAGGUAGGUGUGAUUGUCUUUGAUUCUCAGACAGGGAGAGACAACCACAUAUACAAAAUAAGGUAGAAUUUACACAAUUCAUGGCAAAAGCCAAACUAAGUCUUGUGUACCAAUUAAGUGGAGUCGGUUACAUGUUUUGUUCUUUGAUUUUGACCAACUGCAAAUGAAUCUGUGAUCCACAUGAUUUAGUUGGUUAGAUUUUGAAGGUAAUUGAGGUUAUCAUCUUCUCUUUGUUGGUCUUUCUUUACAUCUCAUAAUUUUCUUUCCAACACCAUUAUAUAUAUAAAAUAUCAUAUAUG